UCAUGUGUAUAGCGGGUCUGCUCUUGGAUUGGCAGGGUAUCGAUGGGCAAGAUGUGACUGAGAUAUACCAGGACACGCAAGCAAAGUAAUUCUGUGGUCACCCUGAUACUUCAU